AUGCGGGCCAAAUCAGAUAAAAAUAAAUUGGAAAAUGUUUGUUCUGUUCCAACACCUGUUCCUUUGCUGACGACACGUUUAACAAACGAGGAUACCAGCGACAAUACACCUGGUAUAGAUCAAGCCUCUUUUUCGCCAUCUUCAAGCUCUUCAAUGGCGUCGGAGAACACGAGCACACUCAGCAAGAGUUACCAAAAUAUGUGUACACCAAAUUCUAAAACUUCAAUCAAUGACAGAGACGUCUUAGGAGUACUAGAAAUGGAACUUCAUUUCAGCGCCGUACAUCCGCAAACAGAACCCGAUUAUAUUAGCAUUCCAACGAACUCCGCUGCCAUACAAGCAUUUCAAGCAGCUAUAGCAGCAGCCACGGCAGCAGCUUCUGCAGUUACUGCUACUCGUAGUAGUGGUAAUAAUAAAUGGAAUGAUAAUGAUAUUAUCGAUGAUAGUCAUACUUUAAUUACAAGUGGGCGACUAUGUUCUCUAGAUGAUGAAGACGUUGAUAAAACUACUGAUAAACAAGAGAUAAUAUCAUUGCAAAGCACAACUACAAUCGCUGCUCGGCCCACAACGUCAAACACAGAGGCAAAAUCGAAUAAACCUGAAAUAGAAAUUAAUAACACUUUAAGGAAUGAGCUUGGAAAUAUAGCUGAAAACGAAAUAGAGGGAAAUAAGAUAGAACUGAGAGACAAUGAAUCGUUGGAAGGUAGAAUGCAACCUGCUUUACAAUCAUACAUGGCUGUACAAUGUCCACUCUGCACAGAAGUUUUCGAUUGUAAAGAAAGCCUGGAGUUACAUUUGAUGAAUAUACACAGUGUAAAUCGUGAUGGUUUAGCGCGUCUUCUACAGCUAGUAGACACCAGCGUUUGGCGCCACUUAAACACUUCAAACGCAAUACCAGCUCCAACUACAGCUAUUGCCGACGGAAUAGAAGCCAAACAGCAAUCAAUUAAACUGACACCACCCACCAGUGAUACCAACGUGAAUGACACUACAAAGUUAGGGUCGUCGCUAAUAGAAAUCUCAGAUGAAGCACCAUUCAAUCCCGAUUCUCCUUCGCAUACCUUACCAUUCGGUGCAAAUUUUAUGGAUACCGGAGUCAGUAAUGAAUUAUCAUGCGAGCAAUGUUGUACACAAUUCAAAUAUGAACAACAAUUGCUGCAACAUGCCAAAGAGAUGCAACAUUUUAUAACCUUGCCAAAUGGUGAUCACCGUUGUUUGGCUGCUGCCCAUCCUAGCCGACCGUGCUGUUUGAUAUUUCCCACACAAGCUACAAUGAUCACUCAUUAUAAAAAUACACACGUUAGUUUAGUUAUAUCCGAGCGACAUGUGUACAAAUAUCGCUGCAAGCAAUGUUCUCUCGCUUUUAAAACUCAAGAAAAACUCACCACCCACUUAUUGUAUCACACUAUGCGAGACGCAACCAAAUGUACUCAGUGUCAACGGAAUUUUCGCAGUAUCCAAGCACUUCAAAAACACACCGAACAAACACAUCAUAACAACAGCGAACAACCAGAACCAAGUAUUAGUCCAACUAUAGUAUUAAGCUGCAGCAGCCUUGAAUCGCCAACCGAUACUGAUUUAAUAUCAGAUAAUGUAACAAAAACUAAAGAAGCGUAUGUUUGUACAUCGCCACCUGCAAAAUUGUUUAGCAAGGAAAAAAUAGUGCAUGAACCACAAGUAGCAUCUUCUCCAUUGCCAACUCACAUCUUGCAAGAUGAACAACAGCUGCAGCACCAACAACAGCAACAUUUCGCUGCAAUCACUGCCGCUCUUUUAAAUCAUCCAGCCUCGCAAAAUUGUAGCGGUCACGAAUUAACUAAGACUAAUAGUAUUUUGACACCAGCAAGUUUGUUGCAACAUCUAAAAAUGAAACCCAUCGGGUCGCUAUUAGCUCAAAAAUAUUUGCAGCAGCAACAGCAAAGUUUGCAAAAUAUUCAUCAGUUACCACAGAAUACAGCCGCUGAAUCUGCCACUGGCUUACAACUUAACCCUGUUGAGAUGCUUAAUCUGAUGCAGUUCCACCAUAUAAUGUCAAUGAAUUUUAUGAAUCUGGCACCACCGCUUAUUUUUGGAGUCGGAACUAAUGCUGGCGUAAGAGGUAGCUUUGAUUUGCUAACACCCGCGCACACAUCUAAAGUUGCUCAAAAUACCUGUCCCAAUGCUCUUAUGAGUGAAAACGAUAUGACAAUAUCGAGUACACCGGGGCCUGUGGGACCUGAUAUGAUUGGUACAUUGCAACAGCAACUCCAACCUCAACAGCCUGCAGCACCAAGUACUUCACAGCAGAUGACAAGUAAUCAAAAACGAGCACGAACGCGCAUCACGGAUGAGCAGCUAAAAAUCUUACGUGCCCAUUUUGACAUUAAUAACUCACCUAGCGAAGAAAGCAUAAUGGAAAUGUCACAAAAGGCUAACUUGCCUAUGAAGGUUGUCAAACAUUGGUUUCGAAACACUCUAUUUAAGGAACGUCAAAGAAACAAGGAUUCACCGUACAACUUCAGUAAUCCACCAUCCACUACAUUAAAUUUGGAAGAAUAUGAACGUACUGGCCAAGCUAAAGUCACGGCACUAAAUGAGGACCUGCAUAUGGAUUCGUUAAAACUCACACAUGAGCAGCAGAAGGACAAAAAAAAUCAGCUUACCGAAAAUAUAAUCCAGGAAUCUUCAAAUGAAAUAAAAGCGUUGCCUGAAAAAAACACAAGGGCGGAGUCGCCGGUAUUGAUGGAUAUUAAAUCUGAGCCUUACGACGACAGUGCUCAGCCACAUCCAACAUCAGCGAGUCCACGAUAUCAGCGGCAAGAAGAAGAAGAAAACCAACAGCAGCAGCAGCACCGGAAUGAGAAAGAUAAAUAUUUGUUGAACACCGCAUCAGCAUUAUUGUUGCAUCAGCGACAGCAAUGUUUACCCACAUUGAAUGAACAUCAAGUUGCUGACAUGCAGGAGCAAGCUUCUGUUGGCGUUGCUGUAGUCUCUAUGUUACAACAGCAACAACAGCAUUUGCACGAGCAACCGAAUCAAAGCAUACAUCAUCAACAGCAUAUCAACCUUUAUAACUACGAAACGAAAUCAGAAAGUGGCAGUUCUGAUAUUCUCUCCAGACCGCAGUCACCAAGCAAUUCAUCAUCUGUUGUCCCCAUGUCCUACACAAGCAUAAAUGAGUUAGUGAAUCAACAAUUGGACAACUUGCCACUGAGUCAAAAUCUUUCCAGUAUAAAUGUUGCUAACAUGCAUGGCAAUAACAUGGGUCCACCGAAAAAUUUUCAAAGUAGCAAAUCUUUCGACAAGAAUUCGCCAUCUUCACAGUUUGACACAAAUUCGAACUCGUCGAAUGCAUCAUCAACAUCCAGCGGGAAACGAGCGAACCGUACACGUUUUACGGACUAUCAAAUCAAGGUACUACAGGAAUUCUUUGAGAAUAACUCUUAUCCAAAGGAUAGUGAUUUGGAGUAUUUAAGCAAGCUAUUGCUGCUUUCUCCACGGGUUAUUGUUGUAUGGUUUCAGAAUGCUCGUCAAAAGCAGCGUAAAAUAUAUGAAAAUCAACCAAACAAUUCGCUAUAUGAAACUGAGGAGAAAAAGCAUAAUAUCAACUACGCUUGCAAGAAGUGUAAUUUGGCAUUUCAACGUUACUAUGAAUUGAUACGUCACCAAAAGAAUCAUUGCUUCAAAGAAGAAAACAAUAAAAAAUCGGCCAAAGCACAAAUAGCUGCAGCACAAAUCGCUCAAAAUCUUAGUUCCGAAGAUUCCAAUUCAUCGAUAGACAUAAAUAGUGGUAGUGGGUUACUGCAACAGCAUUCAAUGAAUGCAGGAACAGCUGGUAUAACUGUUAAUACCGCUAGCAUUUCCAGUAUUUCUCCCGGUACUUCUGGUGGUGGGUUAAACGCUCUACACAAUUCAUCGUCACAAAAUUUUUUUGGGAAAUCGUCAUUGUCUGUGACUGAUCUCAGUCCGUCUACUACGCCUACACCACCAAAAAUGCAACGCGAAUGUAAUGAUAGCGUAGAAUUAACAACGCAAACGCAAGCAAACAAAUCCAAAUUUGAAUGCGAUAAAUGUAAACUGCAUUUCAGCUAUUAUGAGCAUUUUCGAGAACAUCAACUGCUACAUUUAAUGAAUCCUGGCCUUUUUGCCACACAGUUUGGAAAUAUACCGGAAGCUUACGGUUCGUUCGGCAGUAUUUUACAGAGUAUACAUCAAGUGGCAGCCAACUCUACGCAGCUGCAGCAACGGCAUAUGGUACGGCAGCAGGAGGCGUCACAACCACCUGCAAAGAAACGUAAAACUUCUGAAACAUCUGCUAUUGCGGACGAUCUGUCGACGAUUUGCGGCACCAGUGGCAUCGACAACAGCAACGCUUUCUUUUCUCCUCCUAUGUCAAGUAGCAGAAAAUAUAAAUUUUUGCAUCAGUAUUUUAUGCAAAACGAAGGCAAUAAUGAAGCUAAGCAGCAAUUUCAAACGCAACUACAACAACAAUCAUUAGAACCAGAAUUUGAAAUGGAGUUUUUGGCAAAUUUUUAUUAUCAAACAGAGAUACGUAAACGAAGUAAUUACAAUUUUUUAUAUCAAUACUAUCAAAAAAAUGAAGGAAAUUCGUUGACCGACGCAUUACAACCUCGUACAGUUGGUUGUGGUGCUGAUAAUAAACCGCAUAUAGAUUUUCUACUGCAAUACUAUCAAUUGAAUGAAUCAAAAAAGUUUUUUCAGUUAGAUGCCUCGAAUCAACAAGUAAAUGACGACACGCCAGCGUCGCCAACAUCGACAUCACAAUACCAACCUUCAAAUAACGUAAUAUCGAGUAGUGAAAUUAUAGCCACCUCCAUGUCAAAUAUGAAAUUAACGAAAAACCCUCUGAAUGAGCAGAAUAGCAGCGUUAUUAAGCUUUCGGACUGUAUUGAAGGCAGUAUUGAAAAUGAGACAAAUAACAAUGAUUGUGAUAUAAAUGUUGACGACGCUGAAGCAAAUUCUGUUACCGACACCGAUUGUAUUGAUGACAAUAAUAAAAAAUUUGAAAAGCAAAUUAGCCGCAAACGCCCAACUCAUGUAACAAAAACCAAUAAUGUAAAAACAAAUAAUGAGGAUGAUGAGUAUGAGGCUUCGACUUCGUCUGUGGCUAUCAUAAAGGAUAUGCCGAAGGAUGUUUGUCAACAAGAGCUCACAGAUUUUACCAAAACGAUUAACGCAUUUGGAAAGAAUUCAAAAUAUAUUCAGACUAAGCGAAAAUUUUUACAUCAAGCACAGUUGUUAAACAAAUCAAAAGCCAAAAAAUCAACUUGCAAUACCGAAGGAUCAUAUACACAAAAUAUGAAAGAAGUUCUUGUUGUCAACCAAACAACAACCGAAACCACAUCGCAUUCCAUUGAACAAGCAUUUAUAUAUCGCAGUUGUAACGACGAUGUAGCAGCGACAAAAUUGGCUGCAGUUUUUGACAAUGUUGAAAGGGUGGAAAUUUCUAAUUCUGCAACUACAAAACCAGCUACUCGUAUUGCUGAAAGGCAACAAAGUAAGCGCUUACGCACUACAAUACUGCCUGAACAAUUGAAUUUUUUAUAUGAAUGCUAUCAAACUGAAUCUAAUCCGAGUCGAAAAAUGCUCGAGGAAAUAGCUAAAAAAGUGAACCUUAAGAAGCGUGUAGUACAAUAAUGUAUUAUGUUCCAGUUGAUGAAGUGCUUUGCUAACCUAAUCCUUAGGAAAAUUAUGUUGUUGUGUAAAUUUUUUGCUGUAGUACGAAAAUAUACUCGAUGGACUAACUUUUAAGGUAAAGAUUUCAAAAAAGUGUACCUUCUUCGGCCAAGCCGAAGCAUACCUCUAAUAAAUUUAACGUUUGUUUUCAUUUAAAUAGUUGCUUAAGAUCUAGGUAACUAUUCAGGACAGCGGCUUUUGCGUUGCAAUAGUUUUAUUAUGUUGUUGUUGGUGGUGUUGUAGCGGUUUGCCAACCCCGCUUAGGUAAGGUUAGGAAAUGAGCUGUUUCGACGGGAUCGGACCAAAGGGAGAGGGGGGUUAAGUAAGGAGGCAUGUGGACAGGUGGCGAAUGUCAUGCGGAGACUCUCCACAUGCAGGGCAUACUUUGGAUAUGCUGGGGUCGAAUCUG